AUGACUUCACAGCCCAGUUUCCUGGAUACUAGUGACUGGCCUCUUCCCAAAUCACCCAUUCGAACACCUAGUUUGGACUGUACCACUCUAUCCCCUGGUUCAGAGACUGGCAGCAUUCAUUUUUCACAUUAUCCAUUACCGCCUACUCCAGUCUCUUCCAGGCCAACAAGCGAGAAGGGCAAGGCCUCUGUCGGCACAGACCUCAUCGUUCGUGUUCCUCUACAGCGGCCAGUCCAUAUGUAUGUGGACUCCUAUCUAUCUGAACAUGUGGCUCGCUUCUUCUCCUGUUGUCUAAUCUAUCUUGUCGUCGCAACUAGCGCAUUCAGUAAAGGAAAUUCGCUGUUCAGGCUCAAGUACUCCAGCAUUGACAUCCGGAAGGAUGUCGCUGGAAACAUCAAACGUAUUGAGUUGAUUCCUGGCACCAAGGCUCCUAUACCACAUCUUGAACAACCCAUUACCUCCAGCAAGCCUCAGAUCUCGCGAAUAUCAUUUCUUGAGGAGCAAACUGUACAGUCUGCUACAACAAUUUUUCAAGCACAGCCUCAAUACACGUUUGAGACAUUCCAGGAUUGCAUCGCCUUCCAAGAGAAUCUUCUGGCGCAAGAGGUCGUUUUCACCGCUGGUGUUGCUGAGGCCAAGUCCAAAGGCCGCGGCGAAGAAGCCAUAAGCCAGAAUUUACGUAUCCUUCGAGCGCGAAACGGUCGCCAAAUUAUUGUAAUGUUCUGCAACUCUCAGCGGUCCGAGAGGAAGCGGUACAUUUCCAUUCCUCACCGGACAGUUGAUUGCAUCGACCAUAUUGAGCACAGCAAACGGAAAUUCAAUGUGACAUUGACUCUUCGACCCAACUUUGACCUGUUGGCGCAGUUGAAGAGCAUCUCGAUUGUCUUCCUCGAUGACCACGGUACGCACGCUCUAUAG